CCUGCUUAUAUUAAGGUUACCUGCUGCUCCCAGCUUGUCUCCGCCACUGUAAACAGCAAACAAUUGGUAAAUAAAACUAUAGCAUUGUGUUUGUUCGGCCUAAUGAGCAGGGAUUAGGCAGAGAACCUUUCCUAUAAAUGGCCCGAACGCUUGGCCAGAAUACCCAGAUCUCUCCAGCUGUUGUUACGACCCGAGACUCAGAGAGCCGAGGGAACUUCGCCAUGAGUGGCAAGUUGCCGAGUUUGUCGUUGGUCGUGACCUCUCUACUGGUCGUGAUUCCUCACGGGUCGUUUGUAAGCCUGGGCACCUCCACCCGAUGCGUGCCUAUUCCCAAGGCGAUGGCCCUCUGCCACGACAUUGGCUACUCGGAGAUGAGGAUCCCCAACAUCCUGGAGCAUGAAACGGUGGCCGAGGUGAUCCAGCAGUCAUCCAGCUGGUUACCCUUACUGGCCAGAGAAUGUCACCCAGAUGCCAGGAUCUUCGUUUGUUCUCUGAUAGCGCCCGUGUGCCUGGACAGGUUUAUAUACCCUUGCUACAGCCUCUGUGCAGCGGUGAGGAACAGCUGUGCCCCCAUUAUGGCUUGUUACGGCUACCCAUGGCCAGAAAUUUUGAACUGUGAUAAGUUCCCUGUUGAUGAUGGCAUGUGUAUAUCCUCAAUCAGCAACAAGACAGCAUCUCACAGAAGUACAAUGCCACAAGCCAGCUGUCGAGAUUGUGAAUUGGAAGAAACUACUUCAUUCAAAGAAAUACUCAAUACGUUUUGUUCACAUGAUUUUGGUAAGUACAGUGCAUGGAAAUAAUGAAAAUUGCUUCUUAUACUAAAAUAUUUUAUUAGAAAUAUUUUUGCACCGAUAAAAGCCAAGAAUGCUGUUUGGAGAAUUUAAGGACAUAAAAAAACGGGAGCAGGAGUAACUAAAUGGAUGGUGCGGUAGCGUAGUGGUUAGCACAACACUUCACAGUACAGGCGACCAGGGU